AUGGGGCCUAACGGGGCCUUGGGGCGCCCCAAACCCCGCUGCCCCAGUUCAGCCCGCCCCAACGGGGCACCCAAAAAAUUAGCGGGGCGGGGACCUCUGCCCCAAACCCAGAGCGGGGUGAGCACCUCUGCCCCGAAGCCCGCCCCGGCGGGGUUUGGGGCGGGUUCGGGGCGGGGUCACGGGGCCAUCUGUGACACUCUAUUCCUUCGCUCCAUCACCAAGUCGUCCAAGGGUUUCUCUGGACGCAUCGCGGCAUUAGUGCAAGUAGGCCUCGAAAUCGAACCGCGGUUCUCGCGGUUCGACCCGCACCACACCGCAAGAGGUGCGGUUCUUGGUUCUUGA